UCAUCAAAAUGGCCGACGACAUGUCACAAAUGGAUUAUUAUGCAUUCAGUUGUCUCAGAGCCAGUAGAAUAACUGUAAUAUGGUGAUUUUAGGGAAAAUAUCUUAAGGAACAAUGGCACAGUGCAAACAGUCUGCACCGGAGUUUAUCCAGAACACAUUCAGUCCGCAUGUGGCUGUCUUGUGUAGCAAAGAUGCAGAGGUUUUGUGUCAGAAAAAUAAUUUGACUUUCGCUCAACUUGUUCAGCCUUUCUGUCGCUUAGGCACUGAAGUUCACAUCAAAGACCCCAACAAUGUGUCCCACUCCAUUCACAACCUGCGCAUCAGCACCUGCGACAUGUCUGCCACGCCCCCUCAACACGCCACCACCAAGAAGAUGCUCAAUGAUGCUGUGGCGGGCUCACAGUUACAGACAGGGGAUGGAGGGAGAGGAGCUGGGAAUAUGAUGUCCGUCGGGAACUAUGACCUGCAGCUUCAUGCUUCUACUCCAUGGUUCGAGGCAUACAGGGAAUGUUUCCUCGACGUGAUCACAUUGUCAGACCACGAAUACCUGAGUCACUGCGUGGGGUGUAUAUUUGUGGCCUCCUCUGGUCAGAGUGACCCAAUUGCGACCUUCACCAGCUUGACCAAUCAGCAGCUUCAGCAGCAACAGCAGUUCCCCAACAAGGUGCCCCGCUGGUUCUGUCCGGGAAUACUCACGUACUACGUCCUCCUGCAUGACGUCAGUGAUGGAGAACUGCCCAGGGCUGAAGCGUACUACCAAAGUAUGAAGACAACAUUCGGGUCUCAGUGCUGCCACCUACUCCAGAUCAACUCCCGCUCCCUCCAGACUGUGGAGAACAUGAAGCCAGAAGCCUCUCUCCCAGACCCCUGGAGUCAGUUCCUGCCCAAAGCCCCUGAGGUGCAGCCGGUGAAAUCCCACACGCCCCGCUACUUCAUCACCUGGGAGGGUGUUGAGUACGACGGGUUGCCGCUACAGGAUGAUGCCAGCUUCCCAUCCCAUCUCUCAGAGGCAAGACUCACCUCCACCAUCCCUGACCUCGAGACCUCAGUGAUCGAGACCACACCAGAUGUUAUUUCUGACAAGAUCUCCACAGUUCAUUCCUCUAGUCUUACAGAUUUAAACGACACCAACACUAGCAAUAAUGAGAUGUUGAUGGAUCACCCACUAGCAUUCCACUCCACGGAGACCCAAGCUCAGGUAGAAGAAUCCAGUAUAUCCCACGAUGGGGAUGCCACAGCCGCAGCCAAUGGCUACCAGGAUGGUAAGAGCACUGGCUCGGCGGCAGGGCAGGAGAAGAGCAAGCUGCGUGUCCACGGCGUCUGUCUCACCACAGGCGACAUGGACCGCCUGCGCAUCUUCAUGCACGAGUUUGUGGUGCGAUCCCUCAUACCUUGGGCAGAGAAACAGAUGAGGAUGUUGAAUGAGCAGCUGACAUCCAGGAAGGGAAUCCACAGAUCCAUCUUCAGUGCCACCAAGAAGUGGUUUGGUACCAACAAACCAUCAGGACCCGUACAGGCUUCCCAGAAUACAUCUGUAGUGUACACAUCUGAAGCACCUGAACUUCAGCUCCGCCGACUCGCCGACUUGGCGUUCCUCUUCCAAAUGUACGACUAUGCCUACCACACAUACCACACAGCCAAGAGAGACUUCAACAACGACCAUGCAUGGCUGCAUUUUGCUGGAGCUUUGGAAAUGGCCAGCCUGUCUAUCUUCAUGCUGGGGAGUCAGAGUCAGAGACAAUACCCUCACCACUACAUGGAAUCUGCCAUCACCACCUACCUGACAACAUGCAGGAACUUCCAGUACGCCGUCCGGGCCACUCUAGUCAGCACCGAGGCACUCAAGUGUCGGGGGAUGUAUGGGGAGGCUGCAAUGCAGUUCCUCAAAAUGACCAAUGAGGAUUCUGACUUGUCCAGCGCCCUCUUCCUUGAGCAAGGAGCUCACUGUUUCAUCAACAUGAAGACGCCGAUGGUGCGGAAAUAUGCAUUUCAUAUGAUUCUGGCAGGGCACAGAUUUAACAAGGCUGGACAGCGCAAGCACUCAUUGAGGGCCUACUCGCAAGCAUUACAAGUGUUCAAGAGCAAGUACUGGUCACUUGCUGAGGAUCACAUCCACUUUACUAUUGGGCGUCAGUCUUUCAACCUGAAGCAGCUGGAGAAUGCUUCCUCUGCCUUCAAGCACCUGCUGAUGGCAGAGAGCAAACAACCAGCAGCCCAACAAGGAGCCUUUCUCAGAGAGUACCUGUUUGUAUAUAAGCAACUGCUGACUCAGGAGGCUGGGGAGAACUGCUCAUAUGGCCGUCUACCGGAGCUGCCACUACCCAAUAUCAACAGCAACACCACCAAGGUCCUUAUGGGGAAACAGCAGCCGCAGAUACCAGAGAACCCACGGAAGACACCAGCAACAGGGGUGUGGUUCGAUCACGAUGAGAGUCGAAACAUGUGCUGGCAGAAGCUGGAAGAGAAGCUAGUGAUCUCAGCCAACGGUGGAUCCCUCCCAAACACCUUCCGAUCAACACUGCAGUGCUUUACUAACAAUACAGAAAACAGGGCCAGCCCUAUAGCUUUUGUAGGAGAGCACAUUGUGGUGGAGGUGCAGGUGGAAGACCCCCUGCAGGUGACGCUGGUGCUGUCUGACGUCAUGCUGCUGUGGAGCUUCCUGCCCAGCAUCGCCGGUGCUGACAAGCCACAGCUCAUCUCCAACGAGGUGUCCACAGGGGUCAAGAACAACCUGGCAGAUGAGAUUAUCCAGACGACUGUGAUCAAGGAGGUGGUGCUGGAGGGAGGCCAGACAGCUCCAAUCCACCUGACCCUGGUGCCAAGACAGCCUGGUGAGCUGCGGGUGGUGGGCCUGGCAUACAACCUGGGCACCACCAGUUCCCAGUCCCAGAGCUCCUCCCCACUCCCGGGGGACAUGCCCUCCUCCACCUCCACCUCAUCGCCCUCCAUCCUGGGCUCCCAGAAACCCAGCUUCAUCAGCAGCGUGUACGUGCGGGGCAAGCAGAAGCUGGAGGUGCAGGGGCCGCGACUCAACGCCAGCAAGGAUGACAAGACCAACAAGGUGUAUGGUCCGGACAGGCGGCUGGAUCUCACGGUCCACGAGGAGAUGCCCAUACUGGAGGUGAGCUUCUGUGACUUCCCUGACUCCCUCCUGUGUGGGGAGGUUCACUGUAUAGAGAUGGAAGUACGGAACACCGGUCGCAGCCCUCUACAUCAACUCAAGGUGACGUCCACCCACCCGGACUUCUUCACGUUUGGCUGUAGUCAAGACCUCCCUAAAUAUCCCUACGUCUACCAGACUAGGUCUGUGGACAGUGACAUCAGCAACCCCAUAGACUCGUGCAGUGUGCGCUCUGUGCCUGAUGUUAUAGACAUUCCCAUCGAGGGUAACAUCCUUCGCCCUGGGGAUACCAGGUCGCUGCCCAUGUGGCUGCGGGGGAACGACAUCGGGGGAGUUCACGAAGUGGACUUCCUGUUUUACUACGAACCACUUAACACACAAGCCAAAGAAAAGGAUUCUGUGAGACAUCGAGUACUUCGACACAGAGCAGUGGUCAACACAGUGGAGUCCUUGAGUGUGAGGGCCGUGGUGACCAAGCCCAGUGCGUGUGUGUCCAGUAGUGAUGGACAGGAACUCAAGUCAUGUAUCAUCUCAUGUGAGCUGGAGAACCUCAGUCAGGUGCAGGUGCAGCGGCCCCACAUCCAGGAGUUGCAGGUGACCCAGGUGUCGUGUGCCAGUCAGGACUGGGUGGUCAACUCCCUCAGCAUCAGCGACCAGAAGGAUGUCCGCAUCGGCAGCAGGCACAUCCUGCAGCUGGCGCUCAAGGGAACCAAGUGCAAGACAGAUAACAAACUGAUGUUCAGCGAGGUAUUCUUCGACAUGCAGAAGAUCAACAGUGUCCAGACUCCAUGCUGUGACUUCUACUUCCGGAGUCCUGCAUGUCGCCAGAUCAGCUCCUCCCCCAGUGAUGCCAGCCUAGUCCCCUCCCACCGCUCAGCGCCCUCUCAGCCUGACUUCUCCAGUCUGAACAAGGCCAGGGAGGUGAAGCUCACCCUUAUCAUACUCUGGAAGGCAUUUGUUGCCCAGGAGAAUGGUCAGCUGAAGAUCCUUGUUGGGCAGCAUCAUGUGUGCAUCGAGCGAGUGGACGCCGUGGUCACAGCCUACCCUCUAGUCCAGUCUAACCAAGACCAGCCCCCGCUCAAGUUCAUCCGUAACGUGGAGCCGCAGACCGAGCCCCAGCCAAGCCCAGAGGUGACGACAAAGCUUGUGAGCUACUCCUUCCUCCACCAGCUGGACUGCACACACAACUUCAACAAGGGGUUGUGCAUUGUCCCAGUGACCCUGAAACUACAGAACCACACAGACACCUCUGUUGAUGUACUGGUGGAUACCAGCAAGUCGUCAGACAGGUUUGGAACCGCCUCCAGCCCAUCCCCUCCACAGUUCUCCCCCGGUUCCCCCACCCCACCAGUGAUGAGCUGCAGCUUCAGCUGGGUGGGCCCCACCCUUGCUAACCUCACCCUCGCCCCCGGGGCUGACCAGCAACUACAACUAAAGGCUGCAUUCUGUCGCCCUGGGGUCUACAACUGCAACAACCUGGCUGUGUUUGUGACCUAUGCUGAUGCGGAUCCAUCAGAGAUGAUAUUGCAGAAGCACUCCACACCAAGCAUCAUCACACUGUCUGCUUAACCAGGUUGGACAUAUCAGCAUUGUCCACUUGUCAACUGAUGGCAUAUCAAGGAACGCUGAUCUUCUCAUGGGCUUAUUUUAGUCAUGGAAAGGGCAGUCAGUCAUCCUAACAGGCCUUCUGGUGCAGUUACAAAGGAUGAAGACAUGUGUUUUAUUGUUUUUAUAUUGGCAAUGGACAUUAAAUGUUCAAGUGUCUUAUAAAGAGUGUGGAAGAAUUCCUGUUUUGAAUACCUUUUGAGUGGAUUGAUGUUCAACAAUGUGACUCUUGGCCAUUAGAAAUGCUUCAUGUGCUUGACUUGAGUGAUGCAGGCUAUGUUCUGGCUAGUUGUGUGAGACGGAGGAGCUCCUUGUCUGCUUGUAAGAUAGAACAUGUCUUUCACAGUGUAACCCAAAGUUUGCUGUACUGUAGUAUGUGUCGAGAAGUGACAAGAACUGGGGAUUAGUGGAAGUGAGUGUUUUGAUAUUUUAACAUGGGACCACUAGAUGAGGACAGUACAAGCCUAGAACAGUGUGAUAUAGAGAUAGUGUUUGAGAAGUUCCAAGAAGGGGCCACAAGUAUUGGAAGCUGAAGAUGCUCAUACAGGUGACAAAUACCAGAGGAGUGGAGGCCAUUUGAAGCCAGAGAGGCCCAGGACAUGCGAUGGUUCAUUCAACAAUGAUUGUGUUGAUAUUGUGACUGUGUAUGCAUAAAUGACUCCAAAUGGACAUAGCUCUGUUGAUGAUGUUUGUUGCAACAGAAAUUUGGAUAAUACAUCAUUCAUGACUGAAGGUCCCUCAAAAGAUGGUUUGAAAUGGUUCACUUCUGUGUCUGGUUUGCUAAGGGUUUCUUCUGAAAAUCAUUUCUUGUGGUGCUCAACAGUAUAAAGGAACAAUCCAAGCUUUUACGCUUAUCAUCGAGGGCAAACUGUGCAAAGUAAGGAUUCUUGCACAUACCAAAGCAAUGCUAAUAUGCUGAUAUUGGUGACCAGUGUCAUGAAGGCUUGGAAGUAUUUUCACUUGCAAGACAGAAUUUUGGAGUAUGCCACAGUUUCUAUGUUGUGUUUGUUUGAAUCAAAGUGAAGGUAACACACUCUUGAUAUGCGUUGUAUUCUGACAAGAAACUAUUACCGUUGUCUGUUAGACGUCUGUGGUGCCAGAGUAAGAUCCAGCAGUUGAAGCUACCACAAGACAGCCUCUAUCUUGCUUUAUGACAAGCACCUGUCUGUCAGCAUCUGUGGGUUUUAGGGAUCACCUGACAAGGAGCAAUCAGGAACAGUUGAAGCUACCACACUACACCAACAGUAUCCAUCAUGGUGUAUAUUACGAGAUGCACCUCGAUCAGCAUCUUUUGUUGCAAAGCAUCAUCUUCCAAUGACGAAUGAGAAACAGUUAAACCUCCUCACUAUACAGUCAGCCUCCUUCUUGCUUUGUGUUGUGGCAAGCACCUGUCUGUCAGCAUCUGUGGCUUUAAAGGAUCUUCUGACAAUAACAACGGUUGAAGCCAUAAUAUUACAAAGCUAGUCCUCAUCUUGUUCUAUGUUCUGACAAGCACCUGUUGUCAUGGGGAUGUUGAUGAUGUCAUGAACAGUAGUGGUAGUUAAGCAGACAUGUUUUGGCCUACCAGCGAGUGUAUCGAUGGUAUAACAUAUAGCUUUACAUGUGAUUCAACUUCUGUGAUCAGAUUCAGCAUCUCUGUGAACUUUAUACUGACUCUGUGCAGCACCUUAGAUUGUACAGAUAUGUGUGUGUUGUUAGGUUUCAUACCUUUGAUAUUGAUAAUCCUGUUCCAUAUCCUUCACUGAGUACUCUGUGAUGUUGGUGACACUAUGUAAAACUGUCGUGAUAUUGCUGGAAUAUUGCUAAAAGCGGCCUAAAAUUGAAAUCAAUCACCAACUAUGUAAAACUCACUAACUCCUGCACAGACACUCUAUUGUUCAGUCCCUUCAGUACAUGAGCUUGUGUAUCAACUCAUACUGAGAUACAGUUAUAAGUUUUGUAUUAGGGUAGAUCCAGGGUUGUGGAAAAGGGGGAUGCACAGUGUAGUCAAAUCAUGGCCUGAACAAACUGAUGGUUGCUGAGUGAGUUUAGUUUUACGCCGCACUCAGCAAUAUGGCGGCAGUCUGUAAAUAAUCGAGUCUGGACCAGACAAUCCAGUGAUCAA